AAUUCCUGUAGUGAUUCAGGUCUUUCAUUCACCGAAACUUCCCCUGAUUUUCCUCUCAUCGCCCUCAGUUCUAGUCUCAUUGAGUGGGAAAAUUUCCAGUGGUUGAAGUAUUGUGCACUGUCUGCAUUAAACACUCGUUUAUGGUCGGAGGACUUACAUGGGUUUUCCUGUACCGGGAUUUCUUUGUGAAAGCGAAACCGACAACCUUCCCUUGUUAAUGGAGUGAGCAGACGACCAUAUCCAUGAUGAGCAUGUUAUUGAAAUAACCGGUAGUGAUGCUUCCUCAUCUACCUUAUCUCAAGAACGGACAUCUCAUGGCAUAGAGCAGCAUCAGAAUGGUAAUCAGCCAUCUACUAGUGUGAGGGUUCCAGUUUACCAGCCUCCACUUUUUUCUACAAAUACGUCAAAUUCAAGGAACUCAUCACUUGCUCAGAGGGGAAAUGGGCGUGGCCGCCGAAGGAGCCCAUUAAAUUCUGGGUUAUGGAUAUCUGUUGAGCUAGUAUUAACAGUGAGCCAAAUUAUUGCAGCUAUUGUUGUGCUAUCUUUGUCAAGACACGAACGUCCACACGCUCCUUUGAAAACUUGGGUUGUGGGUUAUGCAUCUGGUUGUGUAGCCAUCCUUCCUCUUCUAUAUUGGCGAUUUCGCUAUCGAAACCAUGGUUCUGAACAGGAUUCAACUCAACACGUGCAGGAUUCAUCUCAGAACAACUUCUCUGCAGGCACUUCCAGUAGAAGAAUUUCUGAGGGAGAAGAUCAUCAGACAACUGGUACAACAUCUAGUGGUGGUCCAAAUGUUUCCCCAAGACUUAGGGCACUUGUGGAAUACUUCAAGAUGUGUUUAGAUUGUUUCUUUGCAGUGUGGUUUGUGGUUGGCAAAGUGUGGAUUUUUGGAGGGCACUCUUCUUCCACUGAUGCUCCCAAUUUGUACAGGUUGUGUAUAGUGUUUCUUACCUUUAGCUGUAUUGGAUAUGCAAUGCCUUUCAUUCUGUGCGCAACGAUCUGUUGCUGCCUCCCCUGUAUAAUUUCAGUCCUGGGUUUCAGAGAGGAUUUGGCUCAAAAUAGAGGAGCCACACAAGAAUCAAUUAAUUCACUGCCAACUUAUAAGUUUAAAGUGAAGAAGAACAAGAAUAGCAACAAGGAGAGUAACUCGGCCACAGAUGAAGCUGGAAUAGUGGCUGCUGGAACAGAGAACGAGCGUGUGGUAUCAGGAGAGGAUGCGGUUUGCUGCAUUUGCUUGGCGAAGUAUGUGAACAACGAUGAACUCCGGGAAUUGCCUUGCUCUCAUUUCUUUCACAAGGAGUGUGUGGAUAAAUGGCUAAAGAUCAAUGCAUCGUGUCCACUUUGCAAAGCCGAGGUUGGUGAAACUUUUUUGAGUUCACUCACUGAGGCGACUGCCAGUCUACGACAGAGAACCAUGUUAUAAACGGCGAAAUGGAAUGUCCCAAGUCGAAACAAUGUUUGCUUCGGCUUGUCCUUGGGAUCGAGAGCUCGUGCUCGAACUGUCUUGUCUCGAGAAGAUGUUGUCCAUCACUAUAUCAGAGAGAGGGAGACAGAAUUAUAGAAAGUGGACAUCCUGUAAAACUGCUUGUUUAGUGUUUUGUUGAACUUGAAUGAUCGAGUAGCAACUCCAUUUCUCCUACGCUUUGCACUUGUAUUUACAGAGAUAAAUGGUGUUUAUUAUUUGUUUCA